CCCUGGCACGCGCCUUGCCCACUGCAGUCAGGGUUUUUGGUGACUGGUGAUGUCUUCACAUUUAAACCCAGUUGUCUGGAUUGACAGCUGUCAGCAUUUCACCUUGCUACCCCUUCCCUGUGUGGGCUUCUGAGAGCGGCUUGCUCAUCCUGAAUGUCCCCCAGUCUAGAAAGCAGCACAGCAUGCCUUUCACCCUGAUACCCCCACCCCCAGAAGAGGGUCUGCUCAUUCCUCAUCUCUCCCCAGCUGUCACAACCACCACCACAUGGAGGCCCAGCAGUGCAACCACCACAGCUGGACUCAGGGUCACAGAAGGCAAAGGGCACUCAGAAUCAUGGCACCUAAGUCUGGACACUGCUAUCAGUGUGGCAUUGGCUGUUACUGUGCUCAAAACGGUCACUUUGGGACUGCUGUGCCUCCUCAGGUGGAGAAGAAGGAAAGGUCAGCAGCAGACUAAAGCCACAACUCCAGCCAGAUAGCAGGGCACCAAGCAGUGACUUCCGACCAACAGGGUGUGGGGAGAAGGGAUGUGUAUUAGCCCCAGAGGACAUGCUGUGAGACCCGCUUGUGAGUACUCCACACUGGCUCCCCAUUGGCAAGAUACAUGGAGAGCAUCCUGAGGACCUAAAAAAGGCAGAGCCGCAAGGCAGAAGGAGCCUGGGUCCCUGAAUCACCAACUGGAGAAGAGAUACCUACAAGAGCCUUCAUCCAGGAGCAUCCAUUCUGCAGUGACACAGGAAUGAGGUCUGAACUGCACUGAAUUAAACCACUGGCAUUCGGGGGCUGUUCAUUAUAGCAGUGCUAAGAGUUCCUUUGUCUUCCCCAAGGAUGGAAGACUACAAUUUAUUUUGCUUAUCGUACACCCCUUUUCUCCUCAUCCACAUUUUCCAAUCUGCACGGUGGCUGUCUUCUCCUAUGGCAGGGGUUCUGGGGAAUAAACAGUGUGAAACGCUGCUGACA